AGGAGGAUGAUGUCACCAAGUUUCCACUGACUGUUGUCUCUGUGAAGACUGAAGAGCAUGAAGACAAACCACCUGAGUCCUCACAGCUUCAUCACAGUCCAAAACUGGCAACAGCAGAGGAUGAAUGUCCCAUAACAAGAAGAUAGAGAAAAAGAAGAAGCUUAUCGACUAUGGCAUCGGCACGGACAUACGCACAUUUUCAGGACUUCUGCAGAUCUCAAAUACAGAUCAGCAGUCACCAGAAGACGUCUGUGAAGAACAACUUCUGCCUGAAAAACAGGAGUGUAGCUUCAGGAUGGUGAAGGAGGAUCCAUCAAAGAGGAAGACCAGGCGCCACAGACCCUCUGGUGUCUCCUUUUCCUCUUUGACACAGACCCUUCCCUGUAAAAAGGAAGAGGAAGACUCACUGACACCCCACAUUAAAGAGGAAGAGGAGGAACACAGCAUCAGUCAGGGGGGAGAUCAUCUUGAAGGACUGGUGGAGUUCCCAGUGACUGGUGUCCCUGUGAAGAGUGAAGAUGAUGAGGUCAAAGGUGAAAGUGAGGAGAAGAGAGAGGCGGAGCCUCCAAGCAGCAGCUCAACACAACACAUGACAACAGAAGCUGAUGGAGACCACUGUGGAGGAUCACAAGCAGACAAGCUCUUAGCUCCACUAUCAGAUAGUGAGGACACAACGUCACACUCUCCUGACACUGAUGAUGAAGACUCUAAAGAUGAUAAGACAUGUCACACUGACAACACUCACUUGAAAUGUUCUCACUGUGACAAAACCUUUAAAUACCAUAGUCGUCUGAAAGCACACAUGAGAAUACACACUGGUGAAAAACCUUUUUCUUGUUCAAUCUGUGGCUUAUGUUUUACAAGUAAGGACCAGUUGAAAGUGCACAUGAGAAGACACACUGGAGAAAAACCUUUUGUUUGUUCAAUAUGUGGUAAAGGCUUUGUACAAAGUAGCAAUUUGAAAGUACACAUGAGAAAACACACUGGUGAAAAACCUUUUGUUUGUUCAAUCUGUGGUAAAGGCUUUGUACAAAGUAACAGUUUGAAAAUACACAUGAGAACACACACUGGAGAAAAACUUUUGACCUGUUCAAUCUGUAGUAAAGGUUUUAUAGAAAGUCGCUAUUUGAAAGUACACAUGAGAACACACACUGGUGAAAAACCUUUUGUCUGUUCGAUCUGUGGUAAAGGCUUUGUACAAAGUAACUAUUUGAAAAGACACAUGAGAACACACACUGGUGAAAAACCUUUUAUCUGUUCAAUCUGUGGUAAGGGUUUUGUACAACGUAACAAUUUGAAAGAACACAUGAGAACUCACACUGGUGAAAAACCUUUUUCUUGUUCAAUCUGUAGCUUAUCUUUUGCAAGAAAGGAAUAUUGGAAAUUGCACAUGAGAACACACAUUGGUGAAAAAACGUUGUCCUGUUCAAUCUGUAGUAAAGGUUUUUUAGAACGUCACAAUUUGAAAGUACACAUGAGAACACACACUGGUGAAAAACCUUUUAUCUGUUCAAUCUGUGGUAAAGGUUUUACAGAAAGUCAGAAUUUGAAAAGACACAUGAGAACACACACUGGUGAAAAACCUUUUUCUUGUUCAAUCUGUGGCUUAUCUUUUACAAGGAAGGAAAUUUUGAAAGUGCACAUCAGAACACACACUGGUAAAAAAACGUUGUCCUGUUCAAUCUGUAGUGAAGGUUUUUUAUACAGUCGCAAUUUGAAAGUACACAUGAGAACACACAAUAGUAAAACACCUUUUUCCUGUUGAAUCUGUGGUAAAGGUUUUACAUACAAUCAGUGUUAGAAAAGACACAAGAGAACACACACUGGUGAAAAAUCACAUUCUUGUUCAAUCUGCAACAGAAGCUUUUGUGAACGAUCAAACCUUGUAGCACACAUGAGAACACACCCAAGAGAGAAAGUGUUGAGUUGCAGUGUGUGUGGUGAAAGAUUCUCUUCUAAGUACCAGUGUAAGAAACACAAGUGUGCUGGUGAGAACAGCAGCAGCAAAUGAAACUGCAGGAUUUUAAAAUAAACUGUCAAGACUUUAAUUUUGACUUUCUAUCAACAUCAGCACAUAUAACAUGUGUGACAUUGUUGUUUGUGGAACAAUGUUUUUAAUAUGCUUCUACAUUUAUAAAUUAUAUAUUUUAUAUUGGUGCUUUUUUCAGUCAAGUACAUGCAUUAAUAUGCAACAUUGUGUACUUUUAUUAAAAAAAGAACAAUUUGACUGAAAAGGUGAGAGUAAACAGUGGAAGACAUAUUUUACAUACAAUAAAUGUUUUAUGUGUAUAUAUAUUCAUCAUACAAUUUUAGACUUAUUCAUAAUAGUGUUUUUUUAUAGGUGUUUGAAAUAUUGAAGUAUUACAUAUUUGUAUUUCUAAUUGUUAAUAAUCCGAUAGAUUAGCACCUUUAUAUGAUAUACAUAUGUACUGGUUCACAUCUGAAACACUCCAGGAAGCAUAUUAUUAUUUACUUUAUACAUCAUUUUUCUUUUAUACAAUUUUAAAAUGUGUAACUUUAUGAAUCAUUUGUUGGGUCUCUAUACCAUUUUAUUAAUUAUCUUUAUUAUGCUCUUUUGUAAUAUGAUGAUUGUGUUGUGAUUGUUUAAUAUGUAUGUCCCCAGACAUACAGUACAUAUAAUGUGUGAGAAAAAGGCUAUAUUACAAACUUACAUUUGUGGAUUAAAAAAAUUCCCAUGGCCUCAAUAAAUAAACAGGAAGCCCCAGAGAAUACUUUGGACUGCAUGGUAUGCUUUGAUACACAAUCCACUAAAUUAUUUAUUCAAGUGUUUAAUUGUUUGUUCUUUUUUGAUGUAUUGAUUGAUACAUUUUUAUUUCAAAUAUGCAUAAAAAAAGAACAAGCCUGAUCCAACACAGUGCUAUAGCCUUAACAGCCAUUAUAACAAAAUGAAAACAAUGGAGAAUAAAAA